AUGAGUAUUGUAUAUGAUUCGGGGAGAAUGAAGAUUAAAAUUUAUAAACAAGGAAACUCAAAUCAACAAUCUGAGUUUUUAAGGAACUCAAAAUCAAGUGAUGAAAGACACAUUGUACCUUGUGUGAAGAAGAAGAGUAGUACUGCACCGGUUGAAAGAAAAGUUUCAGCCUCGGCAGCAGAAUCGUCACAACAAAAUAUUGAUACAAAUCAAAACAAAACAUCAACAUGCUCAAGAGAUUCUGCAAAUUCAAAGAGAAGAGUUGAAAAAUGUUGCAAACUUGAUAUUACCAAAUCAAAGAAGUAUGGUAGUACAUCAAAACACAAGAAAAUAAAACUUGAAGGCAACAGCAAUUUUGAAGAUGAAGAAGGUGACGAAGUUAUAUUUGUUUCAAUGACAAAGUCAAGAAGCAAAGGAAAGUUGGAUAAUAUAAUGGAAACUGAACAAAAUAUCAAAACAUGUCAUCAGUGCUUGAGAAAGGAUAGGCCACAAUUUGUACCUUGUACAAAAUGUCAGAAAAUAUACUGUUUAAGAUGUAUUAAACAAUGGUACCCCAAUAUGUCAAUUGGAGAUAUCAGAGAGAGGUGCCCCUUUUGCCGUAAGAAUUGCAAUUGCAAUGUUUGCUUGGGUUCAAGAGGAAUGAUCAAGACGUCUAAGAGGAACAUUACAGAUUGUGAAAAAGUUCAUCAUCACCGAUAUAUUAUUAAUUUACUACUUCCAUCACUUAAACAAAUUUUUGAAGAACAAUGCCAGGAACAAGAGAUUGAAGCUAAGAUACAAGGGAAAUCAUGUUCAGAAAUUAAGAUACCACAAAUUCCAUGUCAUGGGAAGGAGCGUAUCUUUUGUGAUCAUUGUGCUACUUCAAUUGUUGACCUUUAUAGAAGCUGUCCUAAAUGUUCCUUUGAAAUAUGCCUUAGUUGUUGCAAAGAAAUACGCAACGGAAGUAUUACACCACGCUUUGAAAUGAAGUUUCAAUACAAAAAUAGAGGUGAUGAAUACAUGCAUGGUGGUGAUCCUCUACUGAUAACUUGUGAUACAAGUAAUUUAGAAGGUAAUGUUGAGAUAUUUACCAAUUGGAAUGUUAAUAGUGAUGGAAGUGUUGAAUGUGGUUGUGGUGGCUGUGUGAUGGAGCUGAAACGCAUUCUUCCAGAUGGGAGGAUAUCUAAAUUGGUAACAAAAGCCCGUCUUAUGAAGAAACAUUUUUGCAAAAUUGAAAAACAAAAGAAUGUUGAGAAAGAAAGAAUCUCAAGUUGCAAGAAUUGCCAUGACAUAAACUGUCCAAUGUCAAGUGACCUUAUAGAAAAAAAGCUAUUUAAAUUCCAAAAGUAUUGGAGGAAUGGUGAACCCGUUCUAAUAUCUGACGUUCUCAAAAAAGGGACAGGAUUGAGUUGGGAGCCAAUGGUUACUUGGAGAGCAUUGCGUGUAAAUUCAUCUUCAAGUGUCAACUCAAAUAUAAAGGCUAUUGAUUGCUUGGCUAGUUGUGAGGUAACAAUUGACACUCGCCAGUUCUUUGAAGGUUAUCAAGAGGGAAGAAGAUAUAUAAAUUUCUGGCCGGAGAUGCUCAAGCUAAAAGAUUGGCCCCCUUAUGAUGAGUUUGAAAAUGUCUUGCCACGCCAUUGUGAUGAGUUUAUCCGUUGUUUGCCAUUUCAAGAGUAUUGCGAUCCUCAAUCUGGAAUUCUAAACCUUGCUGCAAAGUUGCCAUCACAUGUCUUAAAGCCUGACUUAGGUCCAAAAACUUACAUUGCUUAUGGAACCAGAGAAGAGCUUGGCAGAGGAGAUUCUGUUACAAAACUUCAUUGUGAUAUGGCAGAUGCGGUCAAUAUUUUGACUCAUAUAAGUGAGGUGAAAUUAACAGAUGAACAACUUUAUGCUAUUAAAAAAAUAAAAAGCGCACAUAAGACUCAAGAUAAGAAAGAAGGUCUUGUUCAAGAUAAUGGAGGUCAUUUUGAGAUCAAUGGAAAGCUAUUUCCAAAUGAAGUUCCAUCAAUCACAGAAGAUACAUCAGAAACAGCUGGUGCACUUUGGGACAUAUUCCGAAGAGAAGAUACUGCAAAGUUAGAAACAUAUCUUAGAAGACAUUCCAAAGAAUUUAGGCAUACUUAUUGUUCUCCAGUAAAAGAGGUUAUUCAUCCUAUUCAUGACCAAUGUUUUUAUUUGACUUUUGAGCAUAAGAAGAAGCUGGAGGAAGAGUUUGGUGUAGUACCUUUGACUUUUGAGCAGAAACUUGGUGAAGCAGUAUUUAUACCUGCUGGAUGCCCUCACCAAGUCAGAAAUCUGAAGUCAUGCACGAAAGUUGCAGUAGACUUUGUGUCACCAGAAAAUGUGGAUAUAUGCAUGCUUUUAACUGAAGAGUUUCGUCGCCUUCCUAAGAAUCACAUGGCAAGAGAAGACAAACUUGAGGUAAAAAAGAUGAUAAUCCAUGCUGUUGACCAAGUUGUUCAAGACUUGGAAGCUUUCAUUAGAUGCUCAUCACUAGGCUGAAUGUUGCUUCAAUCAAGCUGAUUCAUUUUUCCAUGACAUAGCUGCUGCUGUUUUUAUCGUCAGAACAUGAUAGUUCUAAUUUAUUUGGAGUGAAAAAUAGAGGAUUAUUGGUAUCAUUAUUAUUAUACAUUUAUUCUCUUGGUAUUUAGUCAAAUAUUUGUGUAUUUUCUUUUUUACACACAUUAUUUAUUUCAUGUCCCAAAACCUCUUAAUGAUGCUUAGAUGGACCAUGACUCCUAUGAAAUACAAAUCGCCUCCCUCAAACUCCAUAUGUCCUUAUAGAAUAUUAUCAAUGACAACAAAUAAAAAUGCCAACACAAAUUCCACAACAACAGCCAACACUUAUUCGUCGAAAUGCAGACUUGGAUUAGGCCACCAAUCCACAAAUGCCAGCUAAAUAACGGGAAUUGGAAUCCCACGAUAUUUUCACGACGUGUUUUCCAUCAAAAGCAGACUUGGAUUAGG